AUGACCAACAACAACCACAGCCACCACAGCCUCAGCGACAGCAGCGUGGCCAGCCCGGUGUGGCAGCAGCCACAGAGUGAGCAUGGUUUUUGGGAUCUGCGUGUGGUCGCCAUGGACAAGAGAGAGACGCAGACACAAGAGGCCAACUAUUUGUUCUUUGUGGCCAGCGUGGGCAUGGCCUUGAACCUUCUGGUCAUUAUCAUGAUCGGCUUCAGGCGGAGUCUUCGCAAGAUGACAAGUGCUUUUCUCAUCCACUCUGGCUUUCUGAACUUCCUGAAAGCUGCCUUCUGCAUCGCCUUUGGUUUGAACCUCCUGAGCAGCGCCGAUGACAGCAAGGGCAACCAACCAGCCGACUGCGUUCUGCAAGGGUCUGGCUACAUCGUAUAUCAAGCCUUCAGUUUCAUUGCCUGGACUGAAGCCAUGGUGGAGCCGAUUAUCCUCAUCUGCUUCGACCGCAACAUCAACAUCCUGGCCCGCUUCCUCUACUGUGACCGCGACCACUACACUGCCACGCAGAUUGCCUUCCUCCUCUCGCACAACCAGCACCCGGACAUGGGUCUCGACGACCACCCCGACAUCACUUCCUUGCAGAAUUCCACUCACGCCGAACAUGCAUUCCACAGAGCAGACGGGCAAAGCCCGGACAGCGUGUUGAUGGGCUCCUCGACCAUCAUCCCUUGCUGUCAGUGCUCAUCGUUGCCCCUUGUUGAAACCACGCCCCUGAGGCCGAGCGCCCAUCAUAGACCGUCCUCGGAGAUGUACGACACGAGGGCUGCCCAGUCCAGCACGCAAGAGCUUCGAGCAGUUUUCGAGGACUAUGUCCCUCAAAUCGGGGACCAUACCGACCAGGAGAUAUCCUAUACAGGUCAGGAGAUGUCCCAUAUAGGCCAGGAGAUGCCCUAUCACAGACAAGAGGUGCCCUAUAACAGACAUGAGGUGCCCUAUAACGGAGAAGAGAUGUCCUAUAAUGGACAGGAGAUGUCCUAUAACAUCCAGGAGAUGUCCUAUAAGGGACAUGAGAAGUCCUACACACCAGAGUCGGUGCAGCUGGAUCUGCGCCACCAGGCGGCUCUGGAGGACCAGGAUGUACGAGAAGAUGAUGUCCAGUGUUGA